AUGCAGAUCCUUUUCACUUUGCAUACAUUUUUUUACAAAUAUGUUCCUCAAUUGGUUGCUAGCAAUUUCGAUCAAGAAUCUAACUGUUUCCAUCGAUCGUCCCACAGGCCGAGCGUGGUACUGUCCACAUUCCCCUGCUUGCAGCUUAUCCCUUCAUACUGUCCUGGCCUCACCAGGGGACAACACCGUUCUUGGUAACUUGCCGUUCAUGACACUGAUGUUUUCGAUCCUUCAAUACAGACACAAUAUGUUUCCAGACCCUGUUGCGAAUAUAUAUAAAAGGGGUCUGCAAACCCGGGAUUUGCUCGACAUCUUCCAAGAUAUCGCAUCAUCGUCAAUCCACAUCAUCAAUCCAAUUCUUUGAACCAUUAGUCUCUUCCAUUCCUCUCCGUCUAAACCAAAACCGUUCUAGGUAUGCAUCGAAUUCCCGUCCAAGCGUAAACCACCAAUCAAGUCCCUCGCUAACGGACCUAGCUCCAGCAAAAAUGAAGUUCUCGUCUGCUGUCCUCGCCAUGACUCUCAGCCUGGCUAUGGCCGCGCCCACCCCGGAGGGCAAUGCCAAGCUAGUCGCACGACAGGAUCCGACUGAGGUCAAUGCGGACCCUUACGUGGCAGACGAGGCCCCCCCGGUGGACUAUUCCCCUGACAGCGCUGCUGAGGAGGCCAUCGAGGCGGAGGCUGCUCAGGACUUUGCUCUUGAGGAGGCUACUGAGGCGGAGGCUGCUCAGGACAUUGCCCUUGAGGAAGCUACUGAGGCGGAGGCUGCUCAGGACAUCGCCAUUCAGGAGGCCCUCGCUGGGGAAGCCGCCGUGGCAGAGGUCGCCGCUGAGGAGGCUUUCAUUCAAGAUGCCGCGAUCGCAGAGACUAUCGCUAUGGAGGAAGCCGCAGCCUUCGAAGCGGCUGUCAUCGAGGAGGCCAUGUUUGAAGAUGCUACUUUGGAGGUAGCCAUCGCCGAGGAUGCUGCCGUGAAGGAGGCCCUCCUCGCGGAGGCUGCUGCUGCUGCCCACUGCCGCCCUGGCUGCUUCCCCGUCCCCACCCAGCAGUGUGGCUCUACCUGUGCCAACUCCCAGGGCCAGUGCUGCGCCGCGCUCUACUAG